CCGCCGAACAAAGCCCCGCGCUCCCUCCCGCGCCGGCGCGGAGCCGCCGAGCCCCGGCUGUGCGUGCCGGGAUCGCUCGCUCGCUCGCUCGCCUGCCCGCGGCGGCGGGCGGGCCCCGGACGUGGCGCGCCGGGCGGCGAUGCGCCAGCCGCAGCCAGGGGAGGGGCCCCGGGGCCUGUAAACGUGGUGCCUGCGGGGCAGGGCGGCCCGGCCCGCCUCCGCCCGCCGCAGCUGAGGCCGGAGGAGCGCGGCGGCUCUCAUUUGCUUCAGGCCACAAUAUGUCUGAAGUUAAGCCAAGGAAAAAAGGUAUUUCUUCAUCCAAGACCAACGAAGGUUCACAAAAAGCCGAGAAGCACAGUAAUUAUGGGAAGCUGGCAAGUCCCAGGACCAGCAAUAAUCGGAAUUCUUUUUGGAUGGACUCAAGAACAAGUUUGAGUAUCAUUUCUCUUGCUGUUUGCCUGGUGGUGACCUGGUUUCUAUUUCAGCAGUCAGGCCAAUUUGCUGAUCUGGAAAGAAAGUACAAUUUCUUACAGGAAGAAGCUGGAAAAAUCCUGGAUGUGGGAAAUAAAGUAAACCUAAUUUCUGAAAAGCUUGAGCCUUCUGAAAGUAUCCUGCGGGAAGCUGCCUCAUCCGUCUCUGUGAUGACUGAGUUUGGGCAGGAAAUAUCUUCUCUUCAUAACAUCAUAAAUGAUAUUCAGAACAAUGAACAGACUCUCUCUCUAAAGAUGCAGAGCAUUAAUGACAAGUUCCAAAAUGUUACAAAUUUCUGGAGAAGAAGCCUGGAUGAAAUGAACACAAAUGCUAGUGGUUUAAAAUCCGAAGCAAAGUUCAUACACACAGAAGUUACUUCUAAAAUUAAUGAAGUUGACCAAAGAAUUAAAUCCCUUUCAGAAAGAGUAAGAGAUUUGGAAGACAGUACAGCCAGAAAUAUUAGAACACUAAAACUACAAGAAGAUGAUGAAUUCUCUAGAGUUGAACAAAAGUUGAACUUGGAUGCAAAGUCAGUUGAAAAGCUAGAAGAAGAACAGAAUAGUCUGGUAGCCAAGGACACAGACCUGAAUCAGAAACUUGCAAACUAUGAACCUAAAAUUGAGGAGUGCAAGACCCAUUUGCCAACAAUUGAAAAUGCUAUUCACUCUAUUCUUAGAUUGUCAAGUGAAUUGCUUGGUAUGGAGAAAAAGAUACAGGAGUUGAAGACACAGCUGUACGCUGUGGAAAAUGACAUGCUGAAAACUGUUUCUGAUACAGUGGCGAUGCAGAAGGUUCUUGAAGGCCUACAGUCCAAUGGCAGCACGUUCAAAGUGUGGUCUGAAAUAGCUGUUCUAGAAACAGUGCCUGACAUAACAGUAUCUUCAAAAGCAGAAGAAGGAACUUUAGAAAGCUUUAACUUAGAAAAUGACCACAAUGGGGAUCAGUGAAUUUGGACUUAGGUUUUUCAUUGAUGAAAAAGCACUUGUUUGUAAAUAAUAUGAUUUCAAUGUAUGUCAAGGAUAGCUGAGGUAUUGUCAUUGAUCUAAAGAGACAUUGGAACAGCCUGAAAGGCUGAGGAAGAGGCUGGAGAGCAAGACAGUAACUUUGUUAAAGGAAAGGAAUAUUUUCUUAAAUUAAGGAUCAUUUUCAGCUUAUUUAUUAAAAUAUCUUUUUUAUUAAAAAUUAAUUUGAAGCAAAGAAUUUAGAUUUAAGGGGGGAAAAGGUCAUAUUUUUAGUUUAUAUUUAGUUUUCCCUACUUAGUUUCUUUUGUUGUUACUCUUUGUAUUAUGUUCCAUGGACUUGUAACAGUGAACAAUUAAUCGCUUAUUUCUCAGUAGAGAUAGCUGUAGCUUGCUUUUAAUGUAUUGUACACCAUAUUGGUUUUGUGCUGCAGGAAAGCACUGAACACAUUUUUAACAGCUGAAGCUUAGAUACAACACCCUUACAGAAAAUACUAGUGAAGUACCCCCUAAUGAGAACCUUGUCUUGUUCUGGCAUGUACAAGCAGCUGGUAUUUACAUAGCAGCUGUGUUACCAUUUAUUUGUUUGACCCCAAGGACCUGGCCUCCUUAGACCUCAUUUCCAGCCUUUUCCAGCCUCCUAAAAUCACUGGCAUUGGUUUGUUCUGCCAUUGAAGUCAUUGAACUACACGUAGACUGAAGUUCUUAUUAACAGAUACUCCUGUUAGAUUCUUCUUCCAUCAUUUAAUUUACAUGUUUGGCUUGGUCUGUCACUGUAUUAGUGCAAGGGCUGUUUUGUUGGUUUUUUGGGGUUUUUUUGGGGGGUGUGUUUUGGUGCUUUAGAAACAAAGUUUAACCUUUUCUUCUGUAGGAUGUUCUUUGUUAGGCAUUACACGAUAUGUCUGGUAUUGCUCUGCAUUUCAAAGGAAAAAAAAAUUAACAGUGUUGCUGACAUUGUUUCCCAAAGUUUGCUGAACCAAGAGCUGCAAAAGUAAUUAAUGAAAUCAGUGGAGUUACGUGCUUGGGGCCAGGGAAUAUCCAGUUUAUCCACAGACCUACUUACACAUGACGUAGUACUACCGAAUAGGCCUGAUAGUCAUUUAUUGAAAUUUGGACCUCAGGGACAACAUAAAUCGUCUGCAGACUUACUGUCUUGAUAAUUUUGUAUUUCUCAGGAAAGGAGAUUGCUUAGUAGAAACAGUAUGAACCCACAACAUUUAUGACUUAAUCAGACCUAACUUGAAUUAUUCUGGGUUUGUACAUUCAUUUCUCUAGAACUCCACUGCAAUCUUCACUAAACGGGUAACACUGCCCAUUCAAGAGACUAUGAAACCAGUGUUUCUCAAUGUUCUAAAGCUGUGUUGGUUUCAUAUAAUUAUUGCUUAUGUAUAAAUUUCUGUUUACAGUCAUAUUCAAAAUAAAAAUAUAUUGUAGUGAAUUUCCCUAUCCUGGUACAUAAUCUAAUUCAAAAUAAACUGCUCCUUCAGAAAGGGUACAGAGUAAAGACUUCAAUAUUCCAUGUGCUAUUAGGAAAAGCUAUUAUAUAAAGCAAUGUUUUUUAAAUACUUUUCGCAAGUGUGUUCCAAUUCUAGUGUUUCUACUUCGUAUCUUUUUGGGGCAGCAUGGCUACAUUGCCAGUGGUAUGACCUCUAGUCUAAUGUCUUUCAUCAACUUCAACCCUAUUGAAAGCUGAAUAUACAGGAAAUUCAACAUGAAAUCCUCAUCCUUAGAGGACAUUAAGUAGGAAACAAGACAACUUUCCACAACCUAAAUUUUGGUCUUUUACUUUUGAGCAAACAGUUCUGAGCUAUUGAGGAACGACAAGCACUGUUGAAGAAUUAAAAAUAUUUGUUUCUGUGAUAUUUUUACUAUUAGUGUCCAGAAAAGAAUUAGUAUGAAACUAAUUCUAGCCUCUUAGAAUGUGUUUCAGUUUGCCUGUUCAGUGUUUUUUUUCUCUCCAAGUUCUACCCUGACUUACUGGGGAUUGAACAGGAUUGUAUCACUCAGGUAAUUUCCUUUUUUCCUCUCAAAUUUGAAAAUCAAGAACCAAUCAUAAGAAAAUAAAAGAGUGAACUAG